AUUGAUUCAAUCUUUUGUAAGCUUGCAAUUAUUGUUCUCAUUGUUCAUUUCUGUUCAUUGCUAUUCUACUUGAUGGGUUUUUUUUUUUUUUAAACUGGAAUGGCUUCUGUGGUGGGCUUCAUGAGUAAAGUGGAAAAUCGGGGCAUUCAUCACACCUGCUAAAAAAUAUUGUUUUACAAGUAAAAACAAUGAGACUACAGUUGUAUAAAACCCCAUGAAAGUUUUGGUUUUAUUCUCCGAGUUAUUUUCCAAGCAGAAAAGACUAUGAAACUUUUGUCGUCCAGAUGAAAUUUUAGAGCUUCAAAAAAGAGGAACAGUGGGAGAGCUCUUCCUAAAUCAUAAAGAACUUCUUGAAGAUGGGAUUUUAGAGUAUGUUUCCCAGCUUGGAAUUUGGGGAUUUUUCUUUUUGAUUAUUUUUUUCAAUUUCUCCCAAGUUCCUUCUCUGAUAAAGCAAGCAAUUAAUGAGUAAUAGAUGCGGUGAAUGAAACUGAAAACUGUUUCAAGUUGGGUCUUGGGAAAAUUAUUGCAAAGUGGAUCUUUGAUAGGAGCUUCCCAGAUAAGAAAAGACUCGAGGAAGAUGACUUAGAUAGUUCCUUUGAAGCAUCCAGCUGCAUAAAGCUGCAUCCAACCUUUCAUCCCCAUGUUUUAUAAAGACCUCGAGCAUAAGGGCAACCAAAACUUAACUGUAAAAUGACUUCUUUUAAAUAUCCUCAUCUGCAUAAGAAUAUGGGGCACUUGAAAUACUCUGCCAAAGCCGAGAAGAAACAAUCCCCUAAGACCGAAAUGCAAGAUUCUUUGAAGCAAGAGGUUCUACAGCUUGAGAAAAGAUUACAAGAUCAGUUUCAGGUCCGUUGGGCUCUUGAAAAGGCAUUGGGUUAUAGGACUUCUUCCCAUGAGAGCAUGUCUGAGCUGUCAAUGCCUAAGCCAGCCACAGAAUUAAUCAAAGAAACUGCAGCAUUAGAGUUGGAAGUUGUAUAUCUGGAACAGUAUCUUCUCUCCUUGUACCGGAAGGCAUUUGAUCAACGAGCAUCCUUGGUUUCCCCAUCUAACCAGGAUCAAAGUUUAAAAACCCCUGUCACAAUCCCGGGACGAAGGUUGUUUGAUGUUUCCAGGCCUGAUAUAUCAAAGAAGGAAACUUCAGCUAAUGAAACUGCUUGCCAGUCACUUACCAAUACAUGGAAGGAAACCAAUAGAAUAGGAGGAGAGGAGAAACUAUUAGAUUCUGGAGUUCAUCGAUGUCAGUCUUUAUUGUCUCACCACACUACAUUUUCAAAUAGAGCCUCUCCUCCAUCAGAAUCUUUUGGUAGAGCUGUGCGUGCAUGCCAUACCCAGCCAUUGUCCAUGAUGGAGUUUUCCCAGAGUGCAUCAAACAUUAUUAGUUUGGCUGAGCAUCUUGGCACUUGCAUUUCUGAUCAUGUUCCAGAGACACCUAACAAGCUUUCAGAGGAUAUGAUAAAGUGCAUGUCAGCUAUAUACUGCAAGCUUUCAGAUCCACCUUUGACACAUAAUAGCCUUUCAUCUCCCAAUUCAUCUUCAUCAUCCAUGAGUGAAUUUUCCCCACGAGAACAAUGUGAUAUGUGGGGUCCGGGAUUUAGGAAUAAUUCAUCCUUUGACAUACGGUUGGAUAACCCUUUCCUUGUUGAAGGUCUGAAAGAGUUCAGUGGACCAUACAGUACAAUGGUUGAAGUCCCAUGGAUAUAUAGAGAUAGUAAAAAAUUAGUAGAUGUUGAAAACUUGCUACAAAAUUUCAGAUCACUUAUCUGUCGACUAAAGGAAGUUGAUCCUAGGAAGCUAAAACAUGAGGAGAAGCUAGCUUUCUGGAUCAAUAUACACAAUGCGAUGGUGAUGCAUACAUUUCUGGUUUAUGGGAUUCCCCAAAACAAUGUUAAGAGUCUCUUUCUACUUUUGAGAGCUGCAUAUAAUGUCGGGGGUCAUACAUUUAGUGCAGACACGAUUCAGAGUUCUAUCCUUGGAUGCCGGCUGUCUUGUCCUGGACAGUGGAUUCGAACAUUACUUUCAUCGAAGUCCAAAUUCAAGACAGUAGAGGAUCGGCAAUCAUAUGCAACUGACCAUUCAGAACCGCUUUUGCACUUUGCACUAUGUUCAGGAAGCCAUUCUGAUCCUGCGGUCCGUGUCUACACUCCAAAGGGAAUAAUUCAUGAGCUUGAAGUUGCGAAGGAAGAGUAUAUCCGAGCAACCUUUGGUGUACGCAAGGACCAGAAAAUCCUGCUUCCAAAGAUUGUGGAGUCCUACACCAAGGAUUCAGGUUUAUGUCCUGCGGUUGUUCUUGAAAUGAUCCAAAAAACUUUGCCUGCUACUGUAAGGAAGUGUCUGAAGAAAUGUCAGCUAGGAAAAGCUCGUAAGACCAUUGAAUGGAUUCCGCAUAAUUUUACUUUUCGGUACCUGAUAUCUAAAGAGCUGGUAAAGUGACUGCUUCCGUGUGUCAAAAAGUUUAAUAGUAUUCGACCUCCUCUAUUCAUUCACAUAGUUCUCAGGGUUCUUAUAUUUUGAGAUUUUAAAUUUUUUCCUUGUAUAUAUUAGGAGAUGAAGUCUGAAAUGGUGGGAUAGAACAAUGCGAUAUUUUGUUUUGUAUAAUGAAAUCUCGAUUCCGCCUUUUCCGAGCAUGGAAGCAUUCAUGAUCUCUGUGAUGUUGCCAAAUGAAAUGAAAAUGUGCAUCGAAAAUA